AUGCUACCUCAUUUGUUUCUCUUCUAUUCUUACACUUUUGUCUCUCUCUUUUUUAUUGAGGGAGCUCAAAUUACAACCAAUGAUGAACUCUCAACUCUUCUCACCAUCAAAUCUAGUUUUAUUGAUCCAAUGAAUCAUCUCAAGGAUUGGCAGAUACCGACGCAACUGCUCCAUUGUAACUGGACCGGAGUCGGUUGCAACACGAAAGGCUUUGUAGAGAGUCUAGAACUCUACAACAUGAAUUUGAGUGGCAUUGUUUCAAACCAUAUUCAAUCUCUUUCAAGUUUGUCUUAUUUCAAUAUAAGCUGUAACAAUUUUGCUUCGAUGCUUCCGAAAUCACUUUCCAACCUCACUUUUCUAAAGAGCUUUGAUGUGAGCCAAAAUUACUUCACCGGCGGGUUUCCAUUUGGAUUCGGAAGAUCUGCUGAGUUGAGAUCAAUCAAUGCUUCAAGCAAUGAAUUUUCGGGUCUUCUUCCUGAGGAUAUUGGAAAUGCAACAUUGCUCGAAAGCCUCGAUUUUCGAGGAAAUUACUUUGUAAGUCCAAUUCCAAGGAGUUUUACAAAUUUGCAAAAUCUUAAAUUUCUAGGCCUUUCUGGCAAUAACUUCACAGGAAAGAUUCCAGAAUAUCUUGGCGAACUAAACUCGCUAGAAACAUUGAUUAUGGGAUACAAUGAGUUUGAAGGUGAGAUUCCUGCAGAAUUUGGUAACAUGACAAAUCUUCAGUAUCUUGAUUUGGCUGUAGGAACUCUCAGUGGACAAAUUCCACCUGAAUUAGGUAAGCUCAAGAAACUCGCUACAAUUUACUUAUACCGAAACAAAUUCACCGCGAAAAUUCCACCUCAACUUGGCAAUAUUAUCUCACUAGAAUUUCUAGAUUUCUCUGAUAAUCAGAUCACAGGAGAAAUACCAGAAGAAUUUGCUAAAUUGGAAAAUUUGCGGCUUUUGAAUUUAAUGAGUAAUAAACUAACUGGUCAUGUACCAGAAAAGCUAGGUGAAUUGAAAAACUUACAAGUUCUUGAAUUGUGGAAAAAUUCUUUAGAAGGCUCUUUGCCGAAGAACCUCGGAAGAAAUUCUCCUUUGCAGUGGUUAGAUGUGUCAUCUAACUCAUUGUCUGGUGAGGUUCCUCCGGGUUUAUGUACAACAGGCAAUCUCACAAAACUGAUUCUCUUCAACAAUUCUUUCUCCGGUAAUAUUCCGAUUGGACUUUCAAAAUGUUCAUCGUUGGUGCGAGUUCGGAUUCAAAACAAUGUUAUUUCAGGAACUAUUCCAGUUGGAUUUGGCAAUCUUCCGAGCCUUCAACGGCUGGAGUUGGCGAAGAACAAUCUCACCGGGCAAAUUCCUAUAGAUUUAACCUCUUCCACAUCACUUUCCUUCAUUGAUGUAUCUUGGAAUUGCCUUGAGUCAUCAUUACCUUCAGAAAUUCUUUCUAUUCCAUCUCUUCAAACCUUCAUUGCCUCUCACAACAGCUUUGGAGGUACUAUCCCUGAUGAGUUCCAGGGAUGUCCAUCUCUCUCUGUGCUUGAUCUUUCAAGUGCAAAUAUCUUCAGCACAAUCCCGGAAAGUAUAGCUUCUUGUACAAAACUAGUUAACCUUAACCUUAGAAACAAUCACUUGACAGGUGGAAUACCGAAAUCAAUCACAAACAUGCCUACCUUAUCUGUUCUUGACUUGUCCAACAAUUCACUGACUGGUCGGAUACCUGAAAACUUCGGAAGCUCCCCGGCUCUUGAAACGAUGAACCUGUCCUAUAACAAACUGGAAGGGUCAGUACCCUCAAAUGGGAUUCUAAUGACCAUGAAUCCUAACAAUUUUAUCGGAAAUGCUGGUCUUUGCGGAGGCAUUCUCCCUUCAUGUUCCCGGAGUUCGACCGUGACAAACCAGAAAAGGAGUUCACGCAUUAGUCAUGUUGUUAUUGGUUUUUUGACCGGAAUUUUGGUUAUUUUAUCUCUUGCUGCAGCAUUUUUCGGAGGCAAAUGGUUAUACAAUAGAUGUUAUUUGCAUAACAAUUUCAUCUAUGAUUGGUUCAAACAAGGCAAUGAAGAUUGGCCUUGGAGGUUAGUAGCAUUUCAAAGGAUCAGUUUUACAAGUAGUGAGAUACUGACUUGCAUGAAGGAAUCAAAUGUGAUAGGUAUGGGUGGUGCUGGCAUUGUUUACAAAGCUGAAAUCCAUAAACCUCAGAUAACAGUAGCAGUGAAGAAACUAUGGAGGUCAAGCACAGACAUAGAAAAUGGCGGGAAUGAUGUAUUAAGAGAAGUGGAACUGUUGGGGAGAUUGAGGCAUAGGAAUAUUGUAAGGCUAUUAGGGUAUGUUCACAAUGAAAAAGAUGUGAUAAUGGUUUAUGAGUACAUGCCUAAUGGAAACCUUGGAACAGCACUGCAUGGUGAAGAAUCUGCAAGGUUGCUUGUAGAUUGGGUUUCAAGGUAUAACAUAGCUCUUGGAGUUGCACAGGGGAUGAACUAUCUACACCAUGAUUGUCAUCCAUCGGUUAUUCACAGGGAUAUCAAGUCUAAUAACAUACUCCUUGACGCGAAUUUGGAGGCAAGGAUAGCAGAUUUCGGGUUGGCAAGAAUGAUGAUUCAAAAGAAUGAGACUGUUACAAUGGUGGCUGGAUCUUAUGGUUACAUUGCACCAGAAUAUGGAUACACUCUGAAGGUAGAUGAGAAGAUUGACAUAUACAGUUAUGGAGUGGUACUUUUGGAGCUGCUAACUGGUAAGAUGCCAUUAGACCCUACAUUUGAAGAAGCUGUCGACAUAGUCGAAUGGAUACAAAAGAAGAGAAACAAUAAAGCCUUGUUAGAAGCACUAGAUCCUUCCAUAGCUGGUGAGUGCAAAUAUGUUCAAGAAGAGAUGCUUCUGGUGCUCCGGAUUGCACUUCUAUGUACUGCAAAACUUCCUAAGGAAAGACCAUCCAUGAGAGACAUCAUCACAAUGCUUGGAGAAGCAAAGCCAAGAAGGAAAAGCAUUUGUGGUAAUGGAAGACAGGAGAGUAGCAUGGAAAAGGGAACAGUCUUUACCACAUCCCCAGUAGCAAGCCUUUUGUAG